AUGGGUGUUCCCAAGGACACUACUAGGAAUGCAACAGAAGCGUUUGUUCUCGAGUUUCAUGCAACAGCCGAUUCCCUGACUACUGAUGGUCUCGAGAAGUUUUAUGGUAAGAAUGCUAUACUAAGAUUUGGGAAUGAAGAGGAAGUGAAAGGAGUGGAUGGAAUCAGAAAAUUCUUCGAGGGUGUCUUUCCUCUGCUCAAAAGCAUGAAACAUGAGCUUGUCGAUGUUGAUCGAAUUGGAAACAAAAUCUACCAAUCUGUUUUCAUAACUUAUGUUGUUAAGGAUGAUCCAGAAGAGAGGGAAAUUAAAAUACCAGUUUUGGGGAAAAUGUUCCUCAUUCAGGAUGGAGAGGAGGAGGGAAAGAUGUCGAGGUUUGAGGUGUUUGCAAAUCCUUCGGAGGUGUUCGCUAGGAUAGAAGAUGUCCUUAACAUGGCGUGA